AUGAUGGUUCAGUCCCAGAGUGGAGAUGUCUGCCUGGCCCUAGAGCCCACAGACUUACCCUCCGAUGCGCUGCCCCUGGACAUCCGUUCAAGCCUGAAGGUCUUUGGUCCACGCCUGGCGGAUAGAAAGUUCUCCACCAACUCUGCGGCUUCACGCCCAGAGCGUGGGAGAUUGGGGCUCCACUUCUUCCUGUUGAUGUACAUGGGGGUGUUGAGGACCACGCCUCGCAACUUCGGUCAGGCCCUCUCUGAGUCGGUGAACCUGUACCUCCAUCUCCUGCCAUCGUUCCUCCUGCUUCUGCGUUUCUUCAUUCCAACGCUUGCUCAGGUCAGACUGGAACCCAUUGGCGAGCCGGUGAGACUAGAAUGGUUCAGUCCUGAAGGCGAUCGCAUCGUGGCGUCGCGGAGGAUGGCCCUGCACACAGAGUCGUCCAGAUCGCGGCUCAUCAUUUACAACGCCAUCAUCGAGGACGCAGGGAUAUAUCGAUGCCAGGCAACGGACGCCAGCGGACAUACGGUGGAAGCAUCUGUAGUCCUGGAGAUAUACCUCCCUAAAGGUGUAGGAGAGCAAACCAAGGAAGGGGAUGUCUUCAAUUCUUAUGAAGGUUGGUUUGACAAAAACAAAAUGUGA